GUUUGGCAGGUGUCGCGCCAGAGAGCUACCUGUACAAGGUGUGAUUAGUUCCGCCGAAAACACGCAACAGGAACUACGAGGAAGUCAUUUUAAACGAAAUUGGACUAACUGCAAAAACAAGGCUGUCUGUACAAACAGGCUGUCUGACAAUGGCCAGAGCGUGGCUUGGUGACUGCGGGUGAGUAACCCCAUACCGUCAAACCUGCCCUCUGAGAUGAGGAAGGCCGCAAAAAUCCUGCGGGAUUUCACCCAGAUUUCCAACCGCAACGGACCGGACAAGCUCAUCCCAGCCCAUGUGAUCGCCAAGGCGGAGGGUUUGGCCAUUAUUUCGGUCAUCAAGGCGGGGUUCAUGAUCACGGCUCGAGGGGGCAGCGGCAUCGUCAUCGCACGACUACCUGAUGGGCGAUGGUCUGCUCCUUCAGCUAUGGGCAUCGCAGGUCUUGGUGGCGGGUUCGAGAUCGGAGUUGAGGUGUCAGAUCUGAUCGUCAUCCUGAACUACAGGCGUGCCAUCGAAGCCUUCGCCAAGGGGGGAAACCUGACGCUGGGGGGGAACUGCACUGUGGCUGUGGGGCCUAUGGGCCGGAACAUCGAGGCAGACGUGGCUUUGCGCAGCACGGCUGCCGUGUUUACGUACUGUCGAUCUCGCGGGCUGUUCGCCGGCGUCUCUCUGGAAGGAUCCUGUCUCAUCGAGCGCCGGGAAACAAACAGGAAGUUUUACUCCCAGGAUAUCCGGCCGCUGGCCAUCCUGAGUGGGGAGGUGGAGCCCCCUCCAGCGGCCCAGGAGCUGUACUCUAUCCUGGACGACUACACAGAGAAGUACACCACCGAGUGGCAGAGCAAGAACCUGCGCCAGUCCACCAAGAGUGUUCGUCCUCCGAGGCCCAGGCCCCCGUCUCAGCGCCCCGCCCCCACCCCGAGCCCCGCCCUCAACAACACCUAUAGCCCCGCCCCCAGCUCCACCUAUAGCCCCGCCCCCAGCUCCACCUAUAUCCCCACACCCAUCGUGGGCCCCGCCCCCACCCAGUGGGCUGAAGAUGUGAAACCAUCUCUCUACCCCAGCGUGUCUGCCUUCCAAACUGAGAGUGCAGCCCCCAGCAGAGGGGCGGGCGGCCCCCCCGUGGUCGUCACGGCGAUGCACGCCUUCGCCGGCCAGCAGCCCGGAGACCUGAGCUUCAGCGUGGGCGACAAGAUCACCGUGACGACCAAGACGGAGUCGCAGUACGACUGGUGGGAGGGCCAGCUGCACGGCCGCGUCGGGAUCUUCCCCGCCAACUUUGUGUCCUUCAGCUGAUCCUGGAUCAGCCCCAACCCCUGCCCCAAGCCAGUCUGCUUCUACACUAAUCUCCCUUCAGCUGAUCCUGGAUCAGGCCCAACCCCUGCCCCAAGCCAGUCUGCUUCUACACUAAUCUCCCUUCAGCUGAUCCUGGAUCAGCCCCAACCCCUGCCCCAAACAGCCUGCUUCUACACUAAUCUCCCUUCAGCUGAUCCUGGAUCAGUCAGUGCCCUCACCAGUAUGCUCACUUUUGGGACUGAACUGGGAGUCUUAACUCCAGCUUUCCUGUGUAACAGAUUCUUGUGCCAAACCUGGUUUCCACUGUUAGGUGUAUUUCUCUGCUGGUGAUAAAUGUUCUAUAGGUGCUCCAAGAAUAUUCUUAACACCUAUAGGACGACAAACUCUUUACUACGUUUAUUUUACGGAUUUUCUUGUGGAUCAAUAUGUGUUUCUUAUUAAUUGUAUUUAUGUUUCACGUUUGUCUUUUGAAGUUUUAGUUCAAAUGAGUUCAGCACUUUAAGAUUUCGUUAAAAAAAAAAAAAAAUUCAGUCACACUCCUUAAUGCCAUUGUGUGGUACAGUCCAUAGUCCCAGCGUAAAGCUAAUGUUAGCUGCAGUUGCAUUAUGUUACAUUACUGUUAUUUAGCUGAUGCUAUUAUCCAAAGUUAGAUUCCACACACUGCUUAGUUAGAUUAGACUAAGCAGGGGCCAGUUCCCUGGAGCAAUGAAGGGUUAAGGGCCUUGCUCAAGGGCCUACAGCUGGACUGAUCUUAUUGUGGCUACCCUGGGGUUUGAACCACCAACCUUCUGGGUCCCAGUCAACCAACUCCGCUACGAGGCUAUAGGCUACACCAUUAGCCAGUUACUCAUAGCUAAUGGUGUUUGCUGAUGCUAGCUGCAGUUGCUCAUGGAUUGGCUCAUUGUAAGCACAGUUACUGGGCAGUGCAGACGCGCUCCAUGCUGUUUCUGAGGGGGUCCUUCUUACAGGCUGAUGGGCGUCAUCUUCACCGUUCAGAUGGGAUCGUACCUCAGUUUACCUCAAAUAAUAAUCAUAUCAUUUUUAUACAGGAAAAUCUGUGUUUGAAACGGACACUGCAGUGGGCAAAAUGCCCUGAUUGUAUAAAUGCUGUUAUUUAAAUGUUGGAGCACCGGGUGUGUGUCAGAUGAGGAGGGGGCGGGGGUGGAAGUUGUGUUUAUCUGCACGUGCAGAUUGUGGUGUUGGUGAAUGAGGUCACACGUUCAUGGUGAAUGUUACGGAAUACGAGUUUAUGGUGGAAUGUACCGUACUAUUUGGUCAGUUUCUUAUUUGGUUUUGCUUUUUUGUUGUAAUUUGUCUUUAUGAUGGGCUCCUGUGGUCCUGUGUGCUCUCACUCCCUGUGAAAUAAGUGCUACAAACACAUCGCAAAAUUGACAUGAUUUUAAAAACAAAAACAUUUGCUAAUUUAAAAAAAAAAAUUGUAAUUGGAUUAUAUAUUAAUAAGAGAUUAUUAUGAUUUGUAAAUGUAAAAUCCAUGUGUUAAAGCUUCUAAUAAAGACCGUUUUUUGUGCAA